AUCUCUCUCCCCUCUCUCUCCUGCUCGCUCGCUCGCUCUCUCACUCAGGAGUGUUUAGGGAAAAACCGAACUGGGAGAGGGGAGGGGGGAAACGUGUUUUCUUCUUCCUUCCUUCCCUCCUUUUUUCCUGCGACGCUCGUUCGCACUCCACCACAGAGCAAGAAAGAGAGAAAGCGGGGCAGAGCCAGAGCGCCGAGGUUUGGGAGUUUUUUGGCGAUGCAUCACGCUCGCAAACUUUGACUCCAAACACUCGACAUGCGGCGACUCUGCUGUUUCCUGUCACUGUCCUGCUCCUUCAUCUUCUUCUUCACCUCCCUUCUGCCAGCCGAUGGACAGACAGCAGGAGGAGGAGGGGGAGGAGUAGAGACGAUCCAGGUGAUGUUCACGCCGACCAUCUGCAAGGUGCGCUGUAGCCAAGACCGAUGUGUCAACUACUGCGAGAGAGGCAACGUGACGACACUGUACAGCGGCGGCGAAGGAGGAGGAAGGAGAGACGGCUCUCACGGACCAGGCUUCAGAGUCUUCCUCUGUCCUCUGCUCUGUAAGAACGGCGGAGUCUGUCUGCAGAAGGACCGUUGCCUGUGCCCGCCAAACUUCACCGGGAAGUUCUGCCAGAUCCCCGUCACACCCACAGACUCCUCUGCAGCCUUCUCCACCAAUGAGAUCGUCAAGCCGGUUCUCCUCUCUGCCAUGGCAUCCAAUCAGGAGCUGGUUCAGUCUGAGUUCCUGCUGCCGCUAGGACGAGACGCAGAGGCGAUGACUGCUGGAGCCCCCAGCGGGCCCAUGGUGAAGGUCAGAGUUCAGCACCCCCCUGAGGCCAACGUGAAGGUCCACCAGGUGAAGGUGUCUGGAUUCACUCCCACCCUGCGGACGCUCUCUUCCUCCUCCUCCUCCUCAGGGUCAGCAGGUGCUCCGGCUCCUGCUGGCAGCAGAGUCCUGGCCCAGACUGUGAGAGGGGACAGCGUCUACACCCAGCAGUCCGGCUUUAAGUACUGCUUCAGAGAGGUUCAAGACGGACAGUGCAGCUCUCCUCUUCCUGGCCUUCGGAGCAAGGAAAUGUGCUGCAGAGGGAUCGGAAAGGCCUGGGGCAUCGAUGACUGUGUCAUCUGUCCUGAGAUCACAGGUCAGAGCGAUGCCAGCUGUCCAGUUGGGUUUGAGCGAGCCAAUGGAACGCAGUGCGUCGACGUGAAUGAGUGCCUGCAGCCGGGGCUGUGUGAGAACGGCAUCUGUGUGAACACCAGGGGGAGCUAUAGCUGCGUGUGCAGGCUGGGGUUCAUCCUCGACGCCUCACAUGGAAUCUGCAUCUCCCAGAGUGUCAUUUCUGAGGAGAAGGGUCAGUGUUACCGGGUCCUGGGUUCAGGACUGGGUCCGUCCUCCUGCUCCCUGCCUAUUCUCAAAAGCAUCACCAAGCAGAUCUGCUGCUGCAGCCGGGUCGGCAAAGCCUGGGGACCCGACUGCCAGAGGUGUCCGUACUUCGGUUCAGUGGCCUUUAAGGAGAUCUGUCCUGCUGGUCCUGGUUACCAAUACUCGCCUUCAACUCUUAAAUUCAACCAGAGAGUCAGCGAACCGGAAGGGGGCGGCGGAGCUGUGCUGGUAAACGGCAGCAACAAGGACAACCAGGGUCCUGUUUCAGGGUCCGGGUCUCUACUGAAACCCCCUUCCUCUGGUGGAGCGAGUACCUCCGGUGCCACAGGAGCUGGGACCAGACCCAGUCCUCCCCAACCUAAGCCCCAGCCAGGCACAGGCUUUCCCGCCUCCUCCUCCUCUUCGUCCUCCUCUUCGUCCUCCUCGUCCUCCUCCAGGCCUGUGCAGCCUGGCAGUGCUGGUACCUCGACCACCCAGGGCAGAACCCGGCCUUCGCAGAGCCGACCUGAUUCAACACAACUGAGACCUCAGCCUCCGUCCGCCGGGAGCCAAGCAGCUGAUCGUUUCUCUUCAGUGUAUCGGGCCGAUCCGCCGCCAUCCAGAGGGGACUCCCUCCCUGCUCCGGCCCAGCCGCAGAGCCCCGAGCGUGGGUCGAGACCUAGGGAAGACCUCCCUCUGGAAGCCAGACCGGCUGUGAGCCCGACACCCCCCAGAGUUCAGACAGUACAAGGCGUGUGUGAGAGCAGGCCGGGUGUGUGUGGCCGUGGCCGCUGUGUGGAUCAGCCAGGUGGGAAACACACCUGUGUGUGUGAUCGGGGCUUCCAGCUCAGCUCGCAGCACACACACUGCCAGGAUGUGAACGAGUGUUUGCAGUCUCCAGCUGUGUGUUCAGUAGGAGAGUGUGUGAACAGCAUUGGAAGCUACAGAUGUGUGUGUCCAUCUGGAUACAGAAGCAACAGCCAGCAGACCAGUUGCCAAGACAUCGACGAGUGCCGGCAGAAUCCCUGUGUUAACGGUCGCUGUGACAACACGGCGGGCAGCUACAGGUGCAUCUGUCGGCUUGGUUACAGGCUCGUUGGCAACACCUGCACAGAUGUGGAUGAGUGUGCUGACCCUCUGCAGUGUCCGGGUCAGGAGUGUGUGAACGCUCCGGGCUCGUACCGCUGUGUUUCCUGCCCGCCGGGACACGGACUGCUCAACAACGUCUGCAGAGACGUCGACGAGUGUCGUCAGAAUCCCUGCUCCAACGGCCGCUGUGAAAACACGCCGGGGAGCUACCGCUGUGUCUGUCACCAUGGUUACAAGCCCCAGAACAACACCUGCACAGACGUGGAUGAGUGUGCGGAGCCAUCUCAGUGUCCUGGGCAGAUGUGUGUGAACUCUGUGGGCUCGUACAGAUGUGUUUCCUGCAGAGCAGGAUUCAGACUGACCGACAGACAGUGCACAGGUACACACACACACACUCGUUUUCAUAUCGUAGUGAGGACAUCUCCUUGCCGUGCUUUCCCUAACCCUCAGCCUAACCUGACUGUAACCCUGACACUAAAACCACAAUUAGAUUCCACUUUGGCGACAGUGGGUGUGAUCAAUGAUGAUGUCACUCUCUGUGCUGCAGACAUAGACGAGUGUGCGAGCGGCAGGGUGUGUGAGGCAGAGCGGGUCUGUGUGAACACCGUCGGCUCGUUCAGGUGCGACUGUGCGCCCGGGUAUCGAACCUCCAGCCUGGGAAGGCAGUGCAGAGACAUUAACGAGUGUUUGGAGGGAGAUUUCUGUUUCUCCAGAGGAGAGUGUGUGAACACGCCUGGAUCCUACACGUGUGUGUGCUCGCAGGGAUUCACGCUGAGUGAGAACCGGACGGCCUGCCUCGACGUGGACGAGUGUGUUAAGGCGGGGGUGUGUUCGGACGGUCGCUGUGUGAACACCGAAGGCUCGUUCCAGUGUGACUGUCAAAUCGGCUUCACCACCAACCCCGAGGGGACUGCCUGCCUUGAUGUUGAUGAAUGCGUCUUGUCCGGUGGUUCCAUUUGCGGGUCACAGCGAUGUGAGAACACCAUUGGUUCCUACAGCUGCCUCACUAACUGUGAGCCAGGCUACCAGGUGAACCACGCUGGGAUCUGUGAAGAUAUUAAUGAAUGUGGCAACACGACAGUGUGCGGCGCCAACGCCUACUGUCAGAAUCUGUUUGGAACUUACCGCUGCAUUUGUGACCAAGGCUUCACCUCCUCCGCCGAUGGAAAGACCUGUGUGGAUGUGAAUGAGUGUGUGUCUCUGCCGGGUGUGUGUGGCUCAGCUCGUUGUGAGAACGUGGAGGGGUCCUUCAUGUGUGAAUGUGACCAGGCAGGUCACAGCUACGACACGGCGGCCAGACGGUGCGUCCACGCUGCAGCUCUAGAAACAGACAUAGUCCGUGCCCGCCAAUCCUCUACCACCACCACCUCCUCCUCCGCUUUCCACGCCAGUGUGGUGGAGCUGUCUCCGAUGCUGCCGCCCCUUCCUCAGGCUCGUCCUGGCGAGCUGAGGGAGUGUUAUUACAACCUGGCAGAGCGGGGAACCUGCAGCCUGCUGGCCACCAACACCACCCAGCAGGAGUGCUGCUGCACACUGGGGCAGGGCUGGGGGCUGGGCUGCCAGUACCACCCCUGCCCUACAGCAUACACAGCUGAGUUUCUAACUCUGUGUCCCAGUGGGAAUGGAUAUGUUACAGAAGGACCAGGAGCCUUCAGCUACAGAGAUGUGGAUGAGUGUAAGCGUUUCCAUCCAGAGGUGUGUAAGAACGGCGUGUGUGUCAACAACAUCCCGGGAUACAGCUGCUACUGCUCCAGCGGAUACGUUUACAACAGCACGCUGCUGGAGUGUGUUGAUCAUGAUGAGUGUGAAGAGGAGAGCUGUGUGGGAGGGAUUUGUGUGAACACAGUUGGUUCGUAUUACUGCAGCUGUCAGCCUCCUCUGGUCCUCGACGACACCCAACGAAACUGUGUCAACUCCUCCGACCUCAAUCAGGAUGAGAACCUGUCCAUAUGCUGGCAGCACGUGACGACAGGCCUGGUGUGUCAGAGCGUUCUGAUGGGAGCACAUAUCACCUUCACAGACUGCUGCUGUCUGUAUGGGCAGGGCUGGGGGUUCAGCUGCGCCCUCUGUCCUGCCCCCGACACAGAGGGGUAUGCCAGUAUGUGCAGUUCGUUCCCUCCUCCGCCUCUUUUCCCGGCGACUUAUCCGGACUCUGAAACGGAAGCAGGUCGAAGACGAGGGAGUGCUUCUCCAAACCUGCCUCCUUAUGGACUCGACUACUUCCCUGUGAUUCCCGGCAGAGACUACGGUCGCUCCGACUAUGAUGAUUACUCUCCAGCAGAGGGCAGCAGGUCAGGCUUCAGAGGGAGCCUGCCAGAUGAAACGUAUCGUAGGCCUGAGUACAGCACUGGUUACUACUCCGAGGGAGACUACGGGCCUCCUGACAGCUCUCAGUCCAGACCGCCUCCCUUCCGCAUUCCUCCGGACCCACGAGCUGACAUUGGGCUUGGAGUCCUGCCUCAUCCACCAUCCAGGCCCGACAGUCCUCCUCUCAGCCUGGCCCCGCUGCCUGGAGGGCGCUACGAGGAGACAGAGGAGGAAGGGGAGGACAGGGCGUGGAGGCCGGGGCCGCCCUUCCCUUCUUUCACCGACAGGAGCGGAGGAGGAGGGGUACCGAGGAGGCUGUAUGAGAGGCGUUACGAGUCAUACGCCAGCCUGAGCACAGCUGAGGAUUGUGGGAUCCUGCACGGCUGUGAGAACGGCAGGUGCAUUCGUGUUGCAGAGGGUUACACCUGCGACUGUUACCAAGGAUACGAGCUGGACAUGACCACUAUGACCUGCAUAGAUGUAAAUGAGUGUGAGGACAGCGUCAGGAUUGAGUACCCGUGCGUGAACGCUCGCUGCGUGAACACCGACGGCUCGUACCGCUGCGUCUGCAGGAGAGGAUACGUCAUGUCUCGCAGACCGAACCACUGCGUGGCUGCUUAGAACAGAGUGCGCUGGACUGGGAUCUGUAGGCCAGCGCAGACUGGCUCAGGCUUUUUUAUUCUCCAGAUUAGAUAAACUAGACUUGACCAGGCGAGAAUAGACUGGACACUAAAAGACUCUAGAUUGCACUAAACUGGGCAAAGCUAGACUGGGUUAGCCUGAACAACACAGGGCGACGUCUGAUUAGAGAGCGACUCAUCGUCCUGAUUUAGCCUGAACACACUUCACUAAUGCCUCCACAAUCCAGACCUGAAUACACCCUCCAUUUGUUCACCUCACCUGUGUUGCAGGUGGAUUGUGUUUGUUUUUCUUUAACUGGGCAGGUAGUUAUCAGACACGUGGUAGUUUGGUUGGACCUGAGUGGUGAUAAAAGCAACGAUAAAUCAGUGUGUCUGUUAGAGCCCAGUGUGGUUGCUGUAAAACACCUGGUUGCCUCAAAUUGUGUGUAAUUCAGUCAGAGUUCAUACAUAAACAUAAACCUGAGCAGAUCAACGUGUCAUUGUCUCAAACCCCCGUAGGAAGCCAGGACUAUCCUUGGAUGGCCCCAUGGAUGAGUAUUCUUAUUAUACUGCAGUAUUUACUCCAUUUGGACACGCAUCUGUUUCAUCACCUUGUCAGAAUCAGAAUCAGAAUCAGAAUCAGUUUAUUGCCAAAUGUUGAGCA